AAGCUUUACUUUAAAAGCAUAAAUUAUUUUCGAAAGAAUAUAAUUUUUUUUUAUAGGAUGUUUAAAAAAAAAGAUAAAACUAAAACUAACAAAUUACUUGUUUGUAAAUUCCCUAUGAUUUUCAUAAUUGUAAAUCGAUUAAAAUUAUGAAAUUGUGCGUGUAGAGGGGGAAAUGUGUGCGUGUAGAAAGGAAGUAAUGCUACACGAUCAUAUCCUACCGCAUAGGGAAAGAGGUCAGUGUUAUCUAAUUUAUUUACCUCUCUACCUGAUUUUACUGCUUAUUAUUAGUAUAAACGCGAGCUUCAUACGAGCAACAUAUUUCUGUCGUGAGAACAAAAAGAAAGAUGUUCGACUUGAAUCUUGAUACUUUAUCGUUUGAGUGUAUUUCUAAUUCAGUGAAAUCGAAAAUACAUUUAAAGAAUCCAUUAAUAAAUAAAAAAAAGCACGAAAAGGAGAAAGAAAUAAUUGCAAAAGAAGUUUCCUCGCUGAAAGCCCUCUUUCAACUAGGCACGAAGAUUCAUCCAAUCAAGAUGGAUAUAAAUUCGCGUCUCGAACACAUUGAAAACUUUGCUUUGACCAAUACACUCUCGCCCAAUCUCGAAAAGAUCAGCCAAAAAGUUUCUUAUCCUACAAUCGAGAAAGAUGGCGAAGAAAGAGACUUAUAACAGCUACUAAGUUACGGCACUCUCUGCCGAAGGUCCAGGGACUUUCCUCAGAGCAAGUUGAGAGAGUUACUAACGAACACUGCUAGUGACUCCAAAGUGACGCACGAGAAAAUUUGAAUACUGUUGUUCAUCGAAGUGUAUUAUAUAGGAAUAGCAAACGAUCUGAGUACUUGUGAGACACGUAACAGUGACUCUCAAUUCCUACCUAACUUUGCAUUUUAUUCGAACAAUCAUAUAAUAUAAAUUUUAUUCUAAUACAGAAUGAUUUAUAAUUUUAAUAUAUUUCAUUACUUAUGACUGACUUUAUAAUUUAUAUAUAUUUUGUAAAAUUUUACAUAAUUAUUUACAAAUGACAAAACCUCUAUUUUUUCUAUAUUGAGAUACAAAAUUAGAAAUAUAUCAAAGAACUUAAUCAACAAGUUUACCAGAAAA